AUGGCUUCAGCAGGUCUCCAGCUCCUUGCUUUCAUCCUGGCCAUGUCUGGGGUGUCUGGAGUACUCACUGCCACUCUGCUGCCAAACUGGAAGGUUAAUGCAUAUGCAGGAUCCAACAUUGUAACUGCUAUUGUGCAGGGGCAUGGGUUGUGGAUGGACUGCACGUGGUACAGCACUGGGAUGUUUAGCUGCACUCUAAAAUACUCCUUUCUGUCACUCCCCGUCCAUGUGCAGACUGCGAGGGCCACCAUGGUCCUGGCCUGUGUUCUGUCUGCUUUGGGGAUUUGCACUUCGAUAGCAGGAAUGAAAUGCACUCACUUAGGAGGAGACACACACACCAAGAGUAAAAUCUCCUUUGCUGGAGGAAUCUGCUUCAUCACUGCAGGGAUCUCUGGUUUAAUCCCAACAGUGUGGUACACCAAGGACAUCAUGGCGAAGUUUCUGGAUCUGACCAUUCCGGAAAGCCACAAAUAUGAACCUGGAGGAGCCCUGUACGUUGGGUUCAUUUCGGCGAUGCUACUACUUAUCUCUGGUAUUAUUUUCUGCACUUCUUAUAUACAGAAGAACCGAGAACCAUGGAUCUACCCUCCCAAGCAGAAACUUACCGCUACCUGGCAGCCAAAGAACAGGCUAGCACAUAACCUGAAGGAUUACGUGUAA